AUGCAUUCAUUAAUACGUCAACAUCUUCAACACUAUCUCUAUUCAUAUAAGCAGUCACAACGGGAUGUCGAAGAUCCAUAUUCACAACUUCCCGACUCCAAAGUAAACAAUCAAAUUCGAACACAGCAAUGUGAACAACGGGCAUCACUACAACUUGAAAAUGCGAAGUAUAAACCGGUCGCGUUUGCAUUACGCACUAAUAUCGCCUAUGAUGGUCAGUUGGAUGACGACGUACCUGUGCCUGGUUGUGCGCUAUCAUUUGAAACACGACAAUUUCUCCACAUCAAAGAAAAAUUUAACGAUGACUGGUGGAUUGGACGGCUGGUGAAAGAUGGUGCUGAGUUGGGUUUCGUUCCGAGUCCAUCAAAACUAGAAAGCACCGAAGAAUUACGCCGUUCGAAAUCGAUAGUACUUGUUGCUUCAUGUUUAAUCAUAAGCUUUUUUGAUAACAGCAAUACCGAACUGCAUGGACCAUACGAUGUUGUACCCAUCAUGAGGCCUGUAUGUCUAGUGGGUCCCUCACUGAAAGGAUUUCAAGUGACUGAUAUGAUGCAUAAAGCUAUCUUCGAUUUUCUCAAGAAAAUGCUUCGAAUCGAUUAUGUGCUCGAGCAAACGCAUUUGAUUUCAGAUAGCAUACAAUCGGAAGUGGAUCGAAUUUUUGAACUAGGUAAAAUGAUGCAGUUGGUUGUUAUCGACUGUGAUUUGGUCAAUCAUCCAUUACAAGUAUCAAAAACAACAAUUGCGCCACUCAUCGUUUACAUACGUGUUUCAAAUAACAAGGUCUUACAACGACUUAUCAAAUCACGUGGAAAAAGUCAAAUACGAUCGAUGAGCACACAAAUAAUGGCAGCAGAGAAACUUUUGCAGUCUUCAGAAUCAUUAUACGAUGUGAUUAUUGAUGAAAAUCAAUUAGAUGACGCAUGUGAACACCUGGCAGAUUUUUUAGAAACGUACUGGAGAGCUACACAUCCCAAGUUAGAUAAAACAUCACAGAGACACAUCAGACGGACUGCGUCACAAACCAUACCCAUUAAUCGUCAGAACUCACCAGAUGGUCGAUCGAGAGGUGCACGCUCGACAAGCUCUGAAGUGUUGCUGGAUAAAACACAUGAGAGAAACUUUGCAAUACAAAUGAAUCGUUAA